AUGUCCUCCCCCGUGUCCUCGCAGAACAAGACCAUCGCCGUUCUCGGUGCUUCGAACAAGCGCUCGAAAUUCGGUAACAAGUGCGUCCGUGCCUACCUAGAUGAGGGCUGGCAGGUGUGGCCGGUCAAUCCACGGGGUGGCGAGAUCGAAGGUCAGAAAGUAGCCCGGCAGCUUUCCGACAUCGACUCACCGCUCGAUCGCAUCAGUGUCUACCUACCACCGCCGCUGACCCUGAAGCUGCUGCCCGAGAUCGCUGCCGCCCAGGCCGGUGAGGUCUGGCUCAAUCCGGGUUCCGCCAGCCCUGAGGUCUUGGCCGAGGCCCGCGCCGCCGGCAUCCCGGUGAUCGAUCGAUGCAGCAUCGUCGACAUCGGCCGCUCGCCCUCCGAGUACCCUUGA